CACUGCCCCGCGGAGACAGGCCGGGACGGGCGCCGCCGGCCGCUAGCGCACGCGCGGCGCGGAGCAAGAGAGGUGGAGAAGAGCGGGUCUUUGAGAAAGAAGAGGAAGACGAUGAUGAAGACGAGGAGGAGGAGGAGGACAAUGUGUCAGAGGGCUCAGAAGUGCCUGAGAGUGACCGUCCCGCAGGUGCUCAGCACCACCAGAUUAAUGGAGAGCGGGGCCCUCAGAGUGCUAAGGAGAGGGCCAAGGAGUGGUCGCCCUGUGGACCCUACCAGAGCCAGGACGAAGGGCGGGGACCGGCACCUGGCAGCUGCACACGCCAGGUGUUCUCGAUGACAGCUGUGAAUAAAGAGGGGGGAUCAGCUUGUGUUGCGGCUGCUCCGGAUUCUCCAUCUCCUGUGCCUUUGCCCCCAGGAAAACCAGCCCUACCUGGGGCUGAUGGGACACCUUUUAGCUGUCCUCCUGGGCGCAAAGAAAAGCCAACCGACCCAGUGGAGUGGACGGUCAUGGAUGUGGUGGAAUACUUCACUGAGGCAGGCUUCCCAGAGCAGGCCACUGCUUUUCAAGAGCAGGAAAUCGAUGGCAAGUCUUUGUUGCUCAUGCAACGGACAGAUGUGCUGACUGGCCUGUCCAUCCGCCUGGGCCCAGCCCUGAAGAUUUACGAGCACCACAUCAAGGUUCUUCAGCAAGGCCACUUUGAGGAUGAAGACCCUGACGGUUUCCUAGGCUGAGCGCCAGCCUUGCCCCUUCCCCAGCCAGUCCAGAUCUCACCCGCAGGGCCCCCGUAGUCCAGGAACUGGACAUGGGGGUACCCUCAACCUUCCUAACAGACUUCAGUUACCCAAAAGGGGUACCCUCCUCCAUUUCCCUUUUUUCUCACGCCCUACCUUAGUACAUCCCCUCUCCACAGCAGUGGAGUGUGGGGUAGGCGGACUUGGUUGGCUCGUUCACAGGGGCCACCUUUUCUCCCCAAACCAGGACACUUUUGAAAACAAACCAGGGGAGCUUCCUGUGGCCCCCAAACCCUCUUCAGUUCAGCCAGAUGUAUCUUAUAAGUGUUUUGUUCUGCCUAUCCAUCCUGGUGGUGGGUUUUCUUCAUUCUCCCCCGUGCCCUCCCCCACCCUGACCUCUGGCCUCUGGAGAGCAGGUGAGGUAAGGGACCUUGGGUCCUCCGGCUCCUCCCUUUCUGUCUGUCCAUCGUUGCUCCACCUGGCUGUAUUGCUUUUUAAUAUUGCACCGAAGGUUUUUUAAAUAAAACUUUAAAAAAAAAAAAAA